CUACAUUCUCAGAAGUAGCUUAUUGAUUAAGCUUGCUUUCAAUUGCACAUAUUUCAGUUUAUGUACGAGUGAAAAAUUAUAGAAUAGUCGAUAUAAAUUGCGUGGAUUUUUAAACGAUUUUAUUCAAAAAAAAAUUGGAAUCCCGUUUUUGCAUAAAGGUGUGGAAUAUUUGCGGUCAAAUACCUGAAAAAUUAGGCUACAAAAAUGCUUAAAACAUAAGCAAAAAAUUUUAAGAUCACUUGGACACUAUUCGUGGAAUGCGAAGUAUUCUAAUUUAAAUAUAUAUAUAUAUAUAUAUUGGCACGCAAAAGUAUGUUAUCAGACAAAAAUCUUAAUAAAAUCAAUAAAAAGAUUAAUCUUAUAUGGAAUAUUUAUGUAAAACACUGAGAAAUAAUUUAGUUCUCCUUAUUUAAACAUGACGCUUCGUGGCCAAUCGUUUUUACAAAUUCUGCAAGACGACGAAUCGCCAGUGUCGUUGGAUAGUUCAGUGCAAAUAUCCCAAGAUAGUUCUGUACAAUGGGAUGAUGAUGAUGAUUCAUUCGAAGUAAGUGAAGUUACGAACUCUGCGUCCAGCGACACUAAUUUAGCAGAUGCUUUACGAUCAAUCGUUAACGCCCAUGGAUCACUUGAAGUUCAAACCCCGGAACAGCCGUCGGCUUUAGAACGGACUUAUCUGAAUGGAAAAGUCAGUUUAAAAGAAGAACUAAAGGCAAAAAUUCAAACAAGAAGGAAAUCAGAAGGAGUUGGCGAAUUACGGGUAAAGUUCGAAGCGCCAAAAUCUUAUCCGCUAACACCUGAGGAAAGAGAUAAAGUACUGAAAAGGAAACACCGUAACAGAUUGUCAGCAAAUAAAAGUCGCCUCAAAAGACAGCAGCACGAAGAUAAUUUGCAAAAGGAACUUGAGAAUCUUGAGACAGAAAAUGAUAAACUUUCUAACGAAGUAAAACUUCUGCAAAAUAUAAAGCGUCUACUUAGUACUAAAAUGGCAAGCCAUAAAUGUUCUAAACAGGACACGACAUCAUCGUCAAUAGCCAGCCAUUGGUGCACUAUACCGGACGUGACGUCAUCAUCAAUAACCAAUCAUCUGUGCACUAAAUCAGAUAUGGGCUCGUCAAUAAAAACUAGUCAUGAGUGCACUAAAGAGGACAUGACGUCAUCAUUUAAUCAUCUGUUCACAAAAAGAAAUGUAACAUCGUCAUCACUGGCAGCGCUGAACAGCAAAUGCAUUGGUGGGCGUACUAGCACACAGACAGCUGCAGCAUUGCAUCAAGAUGUUUUGAGCCAUUAACGGAGACCAUUGUGUGGAGAAUAUUUAGGUGUUAGUACCGUACUUGUAGAUCUAGUGAACCAUUCAUUUUUCAUGAUUUUUAACUGUUAGGAGAACAUAUUCAUAAUUUUAAAAGGUCCAAAACAUUGCGGAAUGAUACUAAAUUCACUUGGGUAAUGAUUACAUUUUACUCGGACAUUAUCAUAGACUUCACUCAGUGUAAAAUCUCAAACUUAUAACUAAAAUAAAGGUAUUAAAUCCAUAUAAUAUUUCAAUGAAA